GCUUUAUCAGAGGGAACAGGAGGCCACGGCAGCAUGCCACCUCCUCGCUUCACGGGAGCUGUGAGGAGGACGAGAGGGGCCAUUAGAAAUGAAGGGGACGGUGCUUGGAGAAACUAGGUCAGUGUAGGUUAAGGAAACCAACGAGAGGCACAAUAGCAGUGGCAUCAUCACCUCCCCCCCCCCCCUCCAAGCGCCUCACGUCGCCAUUUUGCCGCCCAGGUGCUCCUUCUCCUCCCCCCUCGCCCCCCUCGCCCCCCUCGCCUCCCCAUCUGGCCUCCUUCGGGCCCCAGCCAAUGGCAGCUCAGGGCGCACGUGAACGAGCCGCCGCCAGCCAAUCAGCGCGCCCCGUGCCCGCGUGAUGCCUGCUCGGCGAGCGCCCCGUCUUUGUUGGCGGCCGGGAGCGGGAGCCCCCCCCCCGACGGUCCCCGAGGGGAGGGGGGAGCGCCCUCAGCCUCUCCGUCACGUGACUUCGCGUCGCUUGGCGGCGCGGAUGUACACCGAUAUAGUCCCCCCCAUUUAGCUGCUCCGCGAUGGGCGGCCAGCCCUCAUCGGUGGCUCCCGCGACUAUUUCAUAGCAGGACGGCCGGAGUAGAAGCCCAAAAAGUCAAUCUAGGGGCUAGCGGGCGCUGGCGAGAGGCAGGCGACGCUAGGCGGAAGGACACCUCACGUCCGGGUCUCGUUCUGCUUAGCGCGGUUCUAUAUAAAGGCGGCGGGCGGGAGCUGCCACCUCAUUGUGUGGGUGCUCCUGAGGUGGCAGGCAGUGGCGGUGGCUGUGCGCGCAGAGCCUCCCCGCGCGGCGCCGAGCGGAGCAGCCCCCCCUCCCCUGGCCGCCAUGGCUCUCUAAGGGCGGCAGGGCCAGCGGCGGCACCGGCCAGUGCACCAGGCGCAGCAGCAGCGGCGGCGGCCUCGGCACAUCCCCGGCAUCUGCAACCAUGGCGUUUUUCAAAGCACCACACAGCAGCACUGCUGUAGUCGACGAAAAGACCCUCAGCUUAUCCACAUCCUUUGACAUCAAAGCACUAAAAACUGACCAAGAUGAGCCUCUUGAACAACGAGAUGCUGUUGGGGGUGUCAUCCCCCUUCAGCCAGCCGUGUUCGGUGGCUGAGGAAAGUCUGGGACUCCUAGAUGACUACCUGGAGGUGGCCGAGCCCCUCAGUUCGCAUGGGUUCUCCAGCGACAAGGCUAAGGCAGUCUCCUCCAAUUGGCUCGCUGUGGACAGUUUAGGCAACACCAUAGAUAGCAGCCAGGAGGAUGCCUUCUCUGGCAUGGAGUGGAUGGUGGAGAAGAUGGAUCUGAAGGAAUUUGAUUUUGAUGCCCUGUUAGGUAUGGAACAUCUGGACGCCACCGUCUCACCAGACGAGCUGAUGGCCACGUUGGAAGACACGUGUGAUCUCCUAUUUAACCCUACCACCCAGGAAUUUCACUGCAAAGAACCUCCACUGAUCCCUGACCUAAUCACCAAUCUCCCUGAAUCUCCAAUUGGAGCAGAUCCAAUGGCCCCAUUGGCUUCCCUCUGGACUUUUCCCCUCUCCCCAGGGUCUCUUACUUCUACUCCAGACCAUUCAUUUAGUUUAGAACUAGGUAGUGAAGUGGAUGUUCUGGAAGGAGAAAGAAAACUGGAGGGGGGCCCCACCUUUGUGGUAGUGAUCACUAAGUCUGAGAAGGAGGAGGAGAACCAUUCUGAUGAUAGUGGAAUAUGCAUGAGCCCAGACUCCUACCUGGGAACACCCCAACACAGUCCUACCAAUUCACUUGGAUCCCUCAAUGACAACCAGUUCCCUGCAGAUGCCAGCUGUGGCUCUGUGCGGUCCAAACCCUAUGAUCAUCCUGCUGAGAAGGUAGUGUCAGCAAAGAUGAAAGGAGAAAAGAAAAUAGAUAAGAAACUGAAAAAGAUGGAGCAGAAUAAGACAGCUGCCACACGUUACCGACAGAAGAAGAGGGCAGAACAGGAGGCGCUGUCUGGGGAGUGCAGAGACUUGGAGCAGAAGAAUCAGGCCCUGAAAGAGAAAGCAGAUUCCCUGAGUAAGGAAAUUCAGUACCUAAAAGAUCUGAUUGAAGAGGUCCGGAAGGCCAAGGUCAAAAGAGCUAGGGUCCCUGAGUAGGGUAGUCAGUAGUUUCUAUGUGCGUGUAUAUAAGCUUGCUGCUAAAGCUGUGUAUUGCUGUCUAAUAAAUUAUUUUAUAGUAAACUUGCAA